AUGAUCUGUGACUCCACCUGCCUCAUAACAAAUGUUGAGGCCAAGUGGCCGGGCUCCGUCCACGACUCCAGAAUAUUCCGAGAGUCUACACUGUGCCACAGCUUCGAGCAAGGUCACUACGAUGGACUCCUAAUUGGAGACAGGGGUUAUGCCUGCAAGCCCUACCUCAUGACCCCCUAUGCAGAGCCAGCACCAGGCCCUCAAGCCCGUUUCAACGAGGCUCUUGCUCAAACGAGAGCCCGGAUUGAAAUGACCUUCGGCCAACUGAAGGCCAGAUUCAGAUGUAUGCGGGGGCUGCGGGUGGCACCAGACAGGGCAUGUGACAUCACUGUGGCAUGUGCAGUGCUCCACAAUGUGGCUACAAUCAGGAAGGAGAGGAUCCCAGUUAUCAUGGACCAUCCUGAGGAUGACCUAGAGCCAGUCCACUUGGAUGAGCAGACCGGACGGCUGCAAGGGACAGAAUUGCCCACCAUCAUUUUAGUUGAAUUUUUCAUUUGUAUGGUUAAUGGGUAUAUUGUUUGCCACCCUCUUUGCUUUUAAGUUACCCAUUAAUAGUCCAUCCUCAGCCAUCAUUGAGUCCAUCCCCACCUCAUCAAUCACCGUCUGGUUUGCCGCCUCCACUGCCAAGGACAAAGGCAGACUGCAGCAGAUCAUUCGGUCAGCCGAGAAGGCCAUCGGCUGCGA